AGGAAAAUGGUUCACAUUACAAACGUCGUUUUUGUGGCGAUACUUUUCCACCUUUGCUGCGCUAAAAAGAUUGAAAUGGAACUUCAGAGAAUUGAGCAGCUAGAGGGUAAUGGUUUUCUUACCAGUCAACUGCGCGUAACAAAAUACAAUCGAACAACUCCAGUCGUUACGGGUACAAUCAGUUACUUUGAAGACAUGGAUAACAGCUAUACGUUUGAAAUGCAGUGCGCGUACAGCCCCCUUGGAAACAACCAGUUCAACGAGUAUCCGAUGAAUUUGAAGAAGCAGAACUUUUGCGACUUUAUCAACACAACCUACCGAGAGUAUCAGCAUAUCUGGAAGAAAGGAUCGGAUUGGAUCCAGGUCGGGCCUAAAGGUUUGUGUCCCUGGCCCAAAGGCGUCUACACAUUUGAAAAUUUUUGGGUAUCGGAUACUUCUUUCAUACCGCCGGUCGUUCCUCCGGGAUUGUGGAGGGUUAGAGUUGUGCACACCGGACCGAAAAAACAACGAUCGGUGAUUCAGUUAUUCACAAAGGUUUGGUAUUCAUAGAGAUUCCUUCAAUUAUUUAUUUUUUCAAUAAAAAAACAAAGAAAUUUU